GUCAGUUUCUCUCUCUUUCUUUCUCUCACUACUCACUCCUCCUCUCUCUCUCUCUCUCUCUGACUCUCUCUACUGUCUAAAGCAGAUAACAUAGUAAAGGUUCCUGCAAUCCGAAGAGAUCUGUUCUUAGCUUUUCUACUGGGCUUUUAAACGCCUUCACUUAGCACUUUUGUCCUUGUGAUUUUACCAUUUUAUCACCCUCUUUGUCUUUUUACUAUUAUAUCACUGAUUCACUGUGGAGUUUCCUUCCACUAUUCUUCAGGCUCUGCUUGUUUCAGCAUGCCAGACUUUGAUUUCCUGGGCUGGUUGAAGAAUAAAUAAGCAAACUUGUCAAAACCCAGGAAUAAAAAAAGCAUCUUUGAGCUUUAAAUUUGAUAUACUUUUAUAAAAGAGCAUAAAUUUGGUUUUUCUAUUGGUCCUGAUUGCUGGGUCUCUGAUUAACUUGGUUCAGAGUUUAUGGAGUUGAUGGGGGGUGGAAAAUAUAGUGGGUGUCUUGUUCUCGUGUUCUUGGCUUCAUUGGCUGUGGGUUCAGUGAGUGGGAUUGGUGUUAAUUGGGGCACACAAGCAACACACCCUUUGCCACCGUCCACGGUGGUGAAAAUGCUAAAAGACAAUGGUAUUCAGAAAGUUAAGCUUUUUGAUGCUGAUGCCGGUCUUUUAGAUGCUCUGAAGAAGUCUGGGAUUCAGGUUAUGGUGGGUAUACCAAAUGACAUGCUCUAUACUCUGGCUAACAGUGUGCAAGCAGCUGAAAAAUGGGUUUCCAAGAAUGUUUCAGGGCAUGUCUCAUCUGGGGGAGUAGACAUCAGGUAUGUGGCAGUGGGAAAUGAACCUUUCUUGGCAACUUUUAAUGGUACCUUUGAAGCCACAACACUUCCAGCUCUUCAAAAUAUCCAAUCAGCUCUUGUAAAAGCUGGUUUGGGCAAUCAAGUUAGAGUCACUUGCCCUUUGAAUGCCGAUGUGUAUCAGAGCUCAUCAGAAAAACCUUCAGACGGCGACUUCAGGCCAGACAUCCAUGAUCUCAUGCUGCAAAUUGUCAAGUUCUUGAGCCAGAAUAAUGCUCCAUUUACUGUUAACAUCUAUCCUUUUAUCAGCCUUUAUUCAGAUCCCAAUUUUCCUAUGGACUAUGCCUUUUUCAAUGGCUUUCAGUCUCCUAUAAAUGACAAUGGAAAGAUCUAUGACAAUGUCUUUGAUGCUAACCAUGAUACUCUAGUAUGGGCAUUGCAGAAGAAUGGUUUUGCUAACUUGCCUAUAAUUGUAGGAGAAAUUGGGUGGCCUACAGAUGGAGACAUAAAUGGAAAUCUUCAAUAUGCACAACGUUUUAACCAAGGCUUUAUGUCUCGCUUUAUCGCUGGCAAGGGGACCCCAAUGAGACCUGGUCCUCUGGAUGCUUACUUGUUUAGCCUGAUAGAUGAAGAUGCCAAAAGCAUUCAGCCAGGUAAUUUUGAACGUCAUUGGGGGAUGUUUUACUUUGAUGGACAACCCAAAUACCAGCUUAACAUUGGAUCAAGAACCAAUGGCUUAGUAGCUGCUACUGGUGUAACACAUCUGCCCAAAAAGUGGUGUAUUUUGAAACCUUCUGCAAACCUUAAUAGUGAUCAAGUGGCACCAAGUGUGUCCUAUGCUUGUCAAAAUGCAGAUUGCACUAGUCUUGGGUAUGGAACUUCAUGUGGAAAUUUAGAUGCUGCUGGUAAUAUUUCUUAUGCAUUUAAUAGCUACUACCAGGUGACUGACCAGGUUGAUGGUUCAUGCAAAUUCCCUGGCCUUUCUGUUGUCACUGACAGAGAUCCUUCAGUUGGCGAUUGCAAAUUCAGAAUCAUGAUUCAAACAGAUUCUGCUGGCCUAUAUGGGAGUGGGAGAAUUGGGUCUCUUAGAAUAUUGCUCUUUGUAUUUUUGUUUUUCACUCUUAUGUAAUCUUAGUCUAAAGAUUCUAGCUUUUAAAUUUAUUUUUGGAGAAUGUAAACUGUGUAUUUAAUUUUUUAUAUUCAACAUGUGGGAUGGAGCCAAUGGAAGAUUAAGCUUGUCUUCAACAAAAAUGAGCCGGGUUGGCUCGUAAUCCCGUCGGGUUGGCUCGUAAUCCUGUUGGGUUGGCUCGGUUGGGUUGACAUAAAUGAGUUGCCAACCCGAGUCAAUCCGGACAAAAACUAGUCAGGCCGCGGGUCAAACGGGCCAGCUCGUGGGUUGAGUUUUUUUUUUUUUUAAUUAAAAAUAGGGAAAAGUGUGUAUAAUUUUAAAGGAUGUAAAGUUGUGUCAUUUUAAGAGAGAGAAAGAGAUAGAUAAAGGAGGAGAGAGAGUUGACAAAAAAAAUAAAGGUGUGGGUCCCACCUCUUUGUGAGAGUGAAAUGAUGUAAGUUGUGUAAUUUUAAAUGAUAGACA